GUUCUAUCCCCGGUUUCCCUAUUCACCGACUCAAACGUUAGCGCUAUUAGCCUGCUGGAAAUCUGCCUGUCUUGGCAUUAUAGGGGCCUUGUUGUAUUUUGUCAGGCAACCCGACUUCAAUACAGAGUCACUUGGUCUUCAUAAAAGGGGUCAAUAAAGUCUGCAGGUGCAGGAUGUACAGCUUCAUGGGCGGAGGGCUGUUCUGUGCAGGCGUGGGGAACAUCCUCCUGAUUGUUUCCACGGCAACCGAUUAUUGGAUUCAGUACCGGCACUCCAACAACUACAUGCAUCAGGGCCUGUGGCGGUACUGCAUGCCGGGGAAAUGCUUCACACACAAUGAAAGUAUUGCCCACAUGGAUGCCACCCGAGCACUCAUGAUCCUCUCCCUCUUGGCGUGUUUCAUGGGCAUCAUCAUCGGUAUCAUGGCCUUCAUCCACUACUCGUCCUUCGACAGGUUUGACAAAACCUUUGCUGCAGGCAUAUUGUUCUUCAUCUCAUGCUUUUUCGUGUUGCUAGCAAUGGCAGUAUACACUGGUGUGACGAUUAAUUACUAUGGUAAACGCUAUGGCAACUGGAGGUUCUCCUGGUCCUACAUCAUCGGCUGGGUGUCAGUAGUGCUAACCUUCUUUUCAGGUAUAUUCUAUAUGUGUGCCUAUCGGAUGCAUGAAUGCCCCAGAAACUCAAACUCUCACUAGAAGACUUCAGAAAUGAUCAUACAUUUCUUAUGAUUUUGAGAGCCACUGACUUGUGGCUGUUCCCCGUAUUUGAGAGUCAAGAUGGAUCAACCCACUAUUUACUUUUGGAACAUGGAUUAUAGAAUUGAAAUGAUAUGAAUAAAGGACGUUGGGGGUAAACGUGUCACCUUUUCAAUGAUUAAAUGCUUGUUCUUUUAUA